GCUGACGCGCGGGCUCGAGCCAAGGCCGAUUCCGCGCCCGCCAUGGCCGACAAAAUGGACAUGUCUUUGGACGACAUCAUUAAGCUGAACCGGAGCCAGCGAGGUGGCCGCGGCGGAGGCCGGGGCCGCGGCAGGGCCGGUUCCCAGGGCGGCCGUGGCGGCGGGGCGCAGGCCGCCGCGCGAGUGAACCGAGGCGGCGGGCCCAUCCGGAACCGGCCGGCCAUCGCCCGCGGCGCGGCAGGCGGCGGCGGCAGGAACCGGCCGGCGCCCUACAGCAGGCCGAAACAGCUUCCGGACAAGUGGCAGCAUGACCUGUUCGACAGCGGCUUCGGGGGCGGCGCAGGCGUCGAGACUGGGGGGAAACUGCUGGUGUCCAACCUGGAUUUCGGAGUGUCCGACGCUGACAUUCAGGAGCUCUUCGCUGAAUUCGGGACCCUGAAGAAGGCGGCUGUCCACUAUGACCGCUCCGGGCGCAGUUUAGGAACCGCCGACGUGCACUUUGAACGGAAGGCAGACGCCCUGAAAGCUAUGAAGCAAUACAACGGGGUCCCCCUGGAUGGCCGCCCCAUGAACAUCCAGCUGGUCACGUCACAGAUUGACACGCAGCGGAGACCCGCACAGAGUGUGAACAGAGGCGGGAUGACCAGAAACCGCGGCUCUGGGGGUUUUGGUGGCGGCGGCGGCACCCGGAGAGGCACCCGCGGAGGAAGCCGGGGCAGGGGCAGAGGCACUGGCCGGAGUUCAAAGCAGCAGCUUUCUGCAGAGGAGCUGGACGCCCAGCUGGACGCUUAUAAUGCGAGAAUGGACACCAGCUAAAGCACGGCAGAUCCUGGCGUGGAGCAGGACCCAGACGUCUCC